AUGGAAGCCAUCAAAGAAGUCUUUGCGCAGUGUAAAGAGCAGCAACGUGCAGCUUUGAUCACCUACAUGACCGCUGGAUACCCCAGCAUCAAAGAGACAGCCUCAAUCAUGCUUGCCAUGCAAACCGGUGGCGCAGACAUAAUCGAACUCGGAAUCCCAUUCACGGAUCCCCUCACAGACGGCACAACAAUUCAAAACGCAAACGUGGUUGCUCUCCAAAACGGCGUGCGCAUCCCCACAAUGCUCACCAUGGUCCGCGAGGCACGUAGCCUUGGACUGACAGCCCCUGUUCUCUUCAUGGGGUACUACAACCCUGUACGUGCAUACGGCGAAGAGAAAAUCAUCCGUGACUGCCGUGACGCAGGCGUGAAUGGAUUUAUCAUUGUGGACCUCCCACCUGAGGAAGCUGUUCGAUUCCGUGAUUUGUGUAAACGUGAUGGACUAUCAUACAUUCCUCUUGUUGCACCCGCAACCCCAGACUUCCGGAUGAAGAUGCUCUGCGAGAUCGCAGACUCGUUCGUCUAUGUUGCGUCCAAAAUGGGCGUUACCGGUGCUACCAAGUCUCUGGAUCAAGGUCUAGAUGGUCUUCUUGAGCGUGUGCAUAAAUACACUGGGAAGAAGGUCCCUGCUGUGGUUGGCUUUGGAAUCAACACCCGAGAGCACUUUGUGAAUGUGGCAGGUAUCGCGGAAGGCGUUGUCAUCGGGAGUAAGAUCAUCAUUGUCCUGAAAGAUGCGGAGUCGGGCACCGAAGCCGAGAAGGUGAAGGAGUAUUGCAUGUAUGUGACUGGACGGACCGAAGCGAGGAAGAUUGAGGAAUUCGCUCCUUAUACUUCCAUCCCUACUCCCAAUCUCGCAGAUGAGAUGCAUACCGAUACCCCCACGAUCAGCACCGACAACUACAUGCGCUUUGGCCAGUUCGGCGGCCAAUAUGUUCCAGAAGCCCUGAUGGAAUGCCUGACGGAGCUGGAAGCAGGUUGGAGGAAUGCCAAAUCGGACCCUGAAUUCUGGGCCCAGAUCCGUUCUUUCGCCAAAUACGCCAACCGCCCCUCGAGUCUGCACAUCGCAUCGCGUCUCACCGAACACGCUGGCGGUGCCCGAAUCUGGCUCAAGCGUGAAGAUCUCAACCACACAGGAAGUCAUAAGAUCAACAAUGCACUGGGACAGGUUGUUCUCGCGCGUCGUCUGGGAAAGACCGCUAUCAUCGCAGAGACUGGCGCAGGACAACACGGUGUCGCAACAGCAACCAUGUGCGCGCAUUUCGGGAUGAAGUGUACUAUCUUCAUGGGAGCGGAAGACGCACGUCGACAAGCACUGAACGUUUUUCGAAUCCGUUUGCUCGGCGCAACUGUCAUCCCUGUCUCUGGAGCCCACGAAGGCGAAAAAGGAACACUGCGCGAUGCCGUAAAUGCGGCGUUCCGAACCUGGGUCACGGAGUUGAAGACGACCCAUUUCGUCAUCGGGUCUGCAUUCGGACCGUAUCCAUAUCCGAGUAUCGUGCGGACCUUGCAGUCUGUUAUUGGCGAGGAAACUCGUGCGCAAUUCAUGGAGGAGAUGGAUGGAAAGUUGCCCGAUGCACUUGUAGCAUGUGUCGGUGGAGGAUCGAAUGCUGCGGGAAUGUUCUCUCCAUUCCUUGCUGAUGAUGGUGUUGCAUUUGUUGGUGUUGAAGCGGGGGGAGAUGGGGUAGAUGCUGGAAGACAUUCUGCAACACUUGGACGGGGUAGUGUUGGUGUUCUUCAUGGAGUGCGGACUUACGUGCUUCAGGAUGAUGAUGGACAGAUUAGCUCGACUCAUUCUGUGUCUGCUGGUUUGGAUUAUCCUGGUGUUGGGCCUGAGUUGUCUGCUUGGAAGGAAUCUGGUCGCGCGAAAUUCAUUGCGGCUACCGAUAAAGAUGCGCUGAAUGCGUUCCGGUUGCUUAGUGAGCUGGAGGGCAUUAUUCCUGCUUUGGAGAGUGCGCAUGCUGUUGCCGGCGCAAUUCGGGUUGCGAAUGAGCUUGGAGCUGAGAAGGACGUUGUCAUUUGUCUGUCUGGACGAGGUGAUAAGGAUGUACAGACUGUGGCGACUAUGCUACCUUCGUUGAUGCCGGAAGUGUAG